AUGAUCGUACGCCGCCGUCCCUCGGCAGUCGACAUGGCGCUGAACGAGGAGCGAUCCCGCUGUGACGAAGAUGCGAUCGAACGUGCGGGUUUGGAUCUCAUGGAACCCCGCCCCGUGGAUAUGAAGGGCGAUGUACCCGCUUUCCAUGCGUUGGGUCCGACGUCGCGGCCGCGCAGUAUUGGCGCUGAGAGUCGUGAGAGUCGAGAGAGUCGGGAGGUGCCUGUUCAGCAGCCGCGGUUUGUCAUGGGUGGGAUUUUUGAGGUGAUGGAGGGGCGUGCAUAA